AUGGCGCAACACCUCCUGCACGCCCAAGAUGUGGAUACGCAUCGCGGGCAUGGUCUCUACGACCGACAGCAUGCGGCUCAUGUUGCCGAUCAAGAUGUGAACGAAAGCCAGCGCGCUCAUCUCGCCUUUGAGUUUGAUCGAAAAAUGCAUGAUUGGCAAGACGAGCUGCAAAGUGAUCGCCUCGACGCAUACAAGGAAGACCUGGCGCUGUGGUUUAAAGACGUGCUGAAUGCCAACAUUAAGGCUUCUUCCUUCCUCUCCGACAUUGAGAAUGGCGUCUAUCUCAUACAGCUCGCAGAGGCCAUCAACGUGGGCGAGGCUGAAUGGCACAAGGCGCAGCAGACCAACCCCGAUGCUCCUGAUUCCUUUUAUUCACCUCCGAUGAAACUACAUCUCAACGCCAAGACUCAUAGCGGUACUUGGCAAGCGCGCGAUAACGUCGCCCAGUUUAUCCAAUGGUCACGAAACCUUGGCGUCCGAGACACAAUCCUGUACGUCAAACGCUCCCCUGCGCAACCCGCAGAGUGCUUUGAGUCCAACGACGUCGUAGAAAUGCGUAAAGAUCGCAGCCGCAAAAAACGCGUGCUCUACUGUCUGAUGGAGAUCGCUCGCAUUCAACACGGGGUUGAGCCCCCCCAGCUCAUCAAAAUGGAGCAUGAGGUUCAAGCUCUGCUGGAGGGUGUCAUGGAACAUCAACAUGCCGACGCAGAAGAUCUCACCGAAGCCAUCCGGAAGCUGCUGCGAGAACUCAACAUGGACCCCACUCUGGCGGACGAUCGGGAUGACCUGGGCCGUUAUCGCUUUGGAGCCGGUGAUCCUGGUGUCUUUGUUCGUCGACUGGGUCGACAUCUUAUGGUACCCAUGGAGAACGACUGGAUCACGCUCAAGCAUUACCUUCGUGUACUCAACAGCGGACGUCCCGACGCCCUGCGCAACAUGCAGGAUCAAAUGAAACAAUCAAUUCAACGUGCACGUGACUCCUCCAUGCGCCGAAAAAAACAAGCCGGUGAGCUUGAGCAGCUCAAACGCCAAAACUCAGAAAAGCUCAAGGCUGCUGAGGCCGAACGUCAGCAGCUAGAGGCGGAGCGCGCCAAAGCUGAGGCCGAACGCGAGGCUGCUCAACAAAGUGCUGCACAGCUACAAAAUCAGAUACAAAAUCUCGAGGGCCAAAAUGGCAAUGCUCUCAAGGAACUCGAGGCGCUCAAAAAAAAGCUGGCAGACACUGAGCAAGAAAAGGAGCGCAUCAAGCAAGAAGGCGAAGAGCAACUGAAGCGGGCUGCGGAUCGACUUGCAGACUUGGAGAAGCAGCGCACCGAGGCAGACCAGGCUGCUCUUGCACACCUGGACGACGACCUCCAGAAGGAAAGGCAGAACUUGGAUGCCGAGCGCGCUCAACGCCGUGCCUCUCACACGGCACACGCAGAUGAGGUGGCCAACAUACAGGAUGCCAUCUCGGCAAAAGAAAAGGCGGUUGCUGACGUGCAAGCGCAAUUGGAUGCGCUUCAGACCGAGCGCGACAAGGCUCGACAGGAAAAUGAGCGACUCCUCAAGCAGCUAGCGGAUCGGGACGCACAGAUGGACCAGGAGACUGCAGCUGAGCAGAAGCUUCGAGAUGAUCUUCAGGCCCUCAAAGACAACUACCAGGACGCCAUGCAGCAGCUGGACGAUACCAAGGGCGAGUUGGAUCGUAUUCGUGCAGACAAUGAUCGUGCUCGUGCCGAGUUCGAGCGCUCACAGCAAGAUGCACAGGCCCAACUCGAGCAGCUCAAGAAGGACAAACUCGAAGCUGCAAACGAUGGCACCGAAGCGCUAAAACAGGCGAAAGAAAGGCUUCAAGAUGCUCUGGACACGAUCGAAAGUGAGAAACGUGCGCGAGAAGCGGCCGAAGCUGCGUCACAAGCUGCCAUGGAUGUGCUUCAAGAUAAAUUGGACAAGACUGAGGCCGAUGUAUCUGACAUGAAGAAUCAGCUUAACGACGCUGCGACAGACAAGGCUGCAUUGCAGGACGAGCUGGAGCACGAUCGACAGCAGCGCUUACGUGCACCAUCAACACGCCAGUCGCGUCGUCCUUCCGUUGGGUUGGCAGAUGCAGCUCAAGCUGCCAAGUUUCACAAGACCAAGGAUGCUCACGCUCAAGCGAAAAAUGAGGUGCAAGAACUCUUGAAAGAUCUUGAUCAGGCCCGUGAUCAGUUGCGUCAAAGGCAAAAGGACAACGAGGCCGCUGAAAAGGCCGCGCGUGCACGCAUGGAGCAACUCAAACGCGCUAAGCAGGCUGCUGCCAAUAUAAGCCCCGAAGCUCUUGAUCAAGCUCAAAAGGAUCUGGACCAGGCUCAUCGUGAUCAUGGUGCUGCCAACAAAGAUCGUGCCCAAGACAUGGCUGACCUGAAGAACGCCAUCAAGGAUUUGGAAAACGAGAAAAACGCUGCAAAGGCUCGGUUGGCUGAUCUGGACCGCGAACUGACCGCACAAGCAGAGCAACAUCGCGCAGACGCCGAAGAAUUGGCUGGCGCAAAGGCCCAAGUUCGAGAUUUGAGAAAAGCCUUGGCCGCCUCACGGUGGCGCGCUGCCCAGGCCGAGAUUGCAAAGGAUGCCAUGGCCCGCCGAGCAAACGAAUCAAAGACAAAUUCUGAGAAAGAUCGAGCCGAAACAGCUGCAACAUUGCGACAACUGGCCGACUUGCAGGGCGAGGUCUUGAGGCAAAGUCGAUCGAGCUCAGUCUCCUCAGAUCAGCCUUCGAUGGGUAGCUCUGCGGUCACUAGCGAAGCUGCAUCUCGUCGUCAUUCGUUUUUCAAUGGCCCGGAGCAAAGCGGACGCAUGCCACGAUCCUCGACAGCUCGAGAGGGGGCUCAUUACGGCACAUCACCAGAGUACGACGAUGUUCCCUCUCGACGAGUAUAUGACAUUCCCGAGGUCGAAGAAGGCGCACCAGGAAAGAGCACACAUCGUCGCCGAGAGCAGUCUCAUUUAGUUCCAGAGGAUCAGCGACGUAACGGUGCAUCACCCGCAGGCGGGAUCGGUGAAAACACACGGUCCAAGGCCCCAGACUUGAUUGAGUACAAGGGACAUCCGUUAGAGGGCAAUGUAAGAUUGCCAAAUGCAACCGCUGCGCCGGACGAGUAUGCGCCGAAGCGACGGGAGCAUGAGGACCUGGAGCGUCACCCUCGGGAGUACGAUGUGUCGGCGCGGAGCGACCGCCGUCCAUCGGAUCAGAUGCCCGAGGAUGUGGAGGAGCGACGACGCCGGGGCCCCGUGGGUGCGCCAGACGAGUAUGUGCCGAAGCGACGGGAGCAUGAGGACCUGGAGCGUCACCCUCGGGAGUACGAUGUGUCGGCGCGGAGCGACCGCCACGAGUAUGCGCCGAAGCGACGGGAGCAUGAGGACCUGGAGCGUCACCCUCGGGAGUACGAUGUGUCGGCGCGGAGCGACCGCCGUCCAUCGGAUCAGAUGCCCGAGGAUGUGGAGGAGCGACGACGCCGGGGCCCCGUGGGUGCGCCAGACGAGUAUGUGCCGAAGCGACGGGAGCAUGAGGACCUGGAGCGUCACCCUCGGGAGUACGAUGUGUCGGCGCGGAGCGACCGCCGUCCAUCGGAUCAGAUGCCCGAGGAUGUGGAGGAGCGACGACGCCGGGGCCCCGUGGGUGCGCCAGACGAGUAUGUGCCGAAGCGACGGGAGCAUGAGGACCUGGAGCGUCACCCUCGGGAGUACGAUGUGUCGGCGCGGAGCGACCGCCGUCCAUCGGAUCAGAUGCCCGAGGAUGUGGAGGAGCGACGACGCCGGGGCCCCGUGGGUGCGCCAGACGAGUAUGUGCCGAAGCGACGGGAGCAUGAGGACCUGGAGCGUCACCCUCGGGAGUACGAUGUGUCGGCGCGGAGCGACCGCCGUCCAUCGGAUCAGAUGCCCGAGGAUGUGGAGGAGCGACGACGCCGGGGCCCCGUGGGUGCGCCAGACGAGUAUGCGCUGAAGCGACGGGAGCAUGAGGACCUGGAGCGUCACCCUCGGGAGUACGAUGUGUCGGCGCGGAGCGACCGCCGUCCAUCGGAUCAGAUGCCCGAGGAUGUGGAGGAGCGACGACGCCGGGGCCCCGUGGGUGCGCCGGACGAGUAUGUGCCGAAGCGACGGGAGCAUGAGGACCUGGAGCGUCACCCUCGGGAGUACGAUGUGUCGGCGCGGAGCGACCGCCGUCCAUCGGAUCAGAUGCCCGAGGAUGUGGAGGAGCGACGACGCCGGGGCCCCGUGGGUGCGCCAGACGAGUAUGUGCCGAAGCGACGGGAGCAUGAGGACCUGGAGCGUCACCCUCGGGAGUACGAUGUGUCGGCGCGGAGCGACCGCCGUCCAUCGGAUCAGAUGCCCGAGGAUGUGGAGGAGCGACGACGCCGGGGCCCCGUGGGUGCGCCGGACGAGUAUGUGCCGAAGCGACGGGAGCAUGAGGACCUGGAGCGUCACCCUCGGGAGUACGAUCUGCCCGCCCCGAUCGAGGUUCCGGCAGACUAUGUGCACAAGCCUCAUCGCGAUGACGAGCGCUCGAUGCGUGAGCGACGUCGUAUUGUUCGCGAGUAUGAGGACGAGUCGGAUGCGCCCGAAGCGCUGGAGUCGUCGCGCCGGCCGCUGCCCGCCCCGAUCGAGGUUCCGGCGGACUAUGUGCACAAGCCUCAUCGCGAUGACGAGCGCUCGAUGCGUGAGCGACGUCGUAUUGUUCGCGAGUAUGAGGACGAGUCGGAUGCGCCCGAAGCGCUGGAGUCGUCGCGCCGGCCGCUGCCCGCCCCGAUCGAGGUUCCGGCGGACUAUGUGCACAAGCCUCAUCGCGAUGACGAGCGCUCGAUGCGUGAGCGACGUCGUAUUGUUCGCGAGUAUGAGGACGAGUUGGACGCCGUGAACAACCGCGGCCAGAGCCGCGCCAUCCGCAAGUCAGAGGGACAUGCUCUCUCCUCUGAAUCAGACUCGAGUGAUUACGAUGAAUUGAUCAUCCGGGAACGGCGCGUCAUCCAGCGCGAGUAUUACACAGAUGAGGACGACAACCAGCCAACGGGGGCUGCCCACCGCGAACCGCGAAACAUUGAAGAUAUCACGCGCCGUCCGCUGCCUGCGCCCAUCGUAGCGCCAGAGGAUUAUAAAUCAACCCCUCGCCGCCAUUCGGAAGAAGACCGACAGGAGAGGCGCGUUGUUCGGCGUGUUUACGCGGAGGAGCGGGACGCAGGUCAUGGGGUCCAACGCGAGCCUCGCCUUCUGGAGGAGUAUUCUCGUCGACCUCUCCCAGCACCCGUAAGUGCCCCAAGUGACUAUGUUUCAAAAGCACGGGAUGAUGAAGAGUUUCGCUUGCGUCAUUCACGAGUGGUUCGCACCGACUUUGAGGAGAUGGACGACGAACGACAGCAACGACAUUCUCAUCUUCACGAGGAAGGCCAUCGCCAACAAUUGCCUGAUCCCAUCAAAGUGCCAAGCGAUUACCAGAAGCCCGUGCUUCGAGACGACGAGUACCGCGUUCGCGAGCGCCUGGAAGUUGUGCAUGAGGCAGUGGAUGACAGCGAGUCUGCGUUGCCUGUGCGGCGCGUGCCAGUGGUUGGAUCUGGCAGUAAGAGCUCGAGUCGCCUGGCUGAACACUCGGAUUAUCGUGAGGUGGUCGACAAGUCAGAAGUAGAUGAAUGGGUGGUGACAGAGGGGUCAUAUCAAGUGCGCACGGGGGCCGAUUCGGAGGAGUAUUUGCCUUUGGCACGCUUGCCCAAGAGCCAUCCUCCCAUUGUAAGCCGCUCCCCUCGUAUGGUCGUUAAGGAAAAGAUCGUGGAGGAUCUCUACAGUGAGGACUCGGAGGGCAGCGAGGUUGACGAGGAGGACAGUGAAGACGAGAGUUGGACGGAAACUGAGGGCCAACACAUUCGGUUGGUUGGUGUGCGUGAGAUUCAAACAGUAACCCGCACGACGUUUUACAGCGACGAUCGAGAACCAGAGCAAGAGAUUGAACAGAACGAUCGUGAGCUCUCAGAAGUCGAGAUUCGUGAGCGCAACCUUUACGCCAAGGCCAUCACAUCGUCUGAGAUGGUCUCAGGAACACGCCUGACACUGCGCCAAGAGGAGACAUCGCCCUCGGAUGACUAUGAACAAGAAAAGUUUUUGUUUGGUAGCGACCACCAUGUCGCCCGCAGAUUGGAGUUGACGUCAGGGGCCAACCGAUCUGACCAACUGGCGGUUCGAUCGAGCAGCAAGGCUGAGUCGCGCCACGCGCACCGCCGAGAGCAUCAACAUCGCCUCCGAUCACAGCACCACAGCCGCCAUGAGGAAGGUCAUAGUGCUUUGUUGGGGCAGCCUUCCCUGUUUCGAUUGCAGCCAACAUUGAAGGAUACACACCGAGGACAUUCCGACCGGCAUGGAUUCGGUCAUCGCAACCAUCAUUCUCAUCAAAACCAUUACGAACAAGAGUACCAGUAUGAGGUUCAGCUCUAA